AUGGAGAAGCAGGAGGCACCAUCUCGGGCGCUGCACGAGGCGUGGAAGGAGUACCCCUCCAUCAUCCCGCACCACCUCGUAAGCAAGCUCGAUCCCAAAGACAAGGAGGCGAAGUGGGUGGUGCUGGAGAAGGUGCAUGGGGCCAACUUCUGCUUCGUGGUGAACGAGGCCGAGGUGGUCACGGCGCGUCGCACGGCGGUGCUGCCGGCCGACGAGCGAUUCUACGGCUGGCAGGAGGUGCUGACCAAAUACCGGCCCGCCCUGCACGACCUCUACCACCGCGUCCGCACCCUCCCCAAACUCUCCGACACCACCGAGGUGUGCGUGUUCGGUGAGCUGUUCGGUGGGAAGUACCCGCACACGGAGGUGGCGUGGCGGGACGUGCCCAAG